CUCAACACAGACACAGCGCCCUCAUCUCCGUCGUUCUCCGAGGACGCAAAACUUUCUUGCGACAUCCGUCAUGGCACCGAGGCUGGAGCGCGGCGGCAGCGGCUUCCAGCUCCCGAACUCCGAGCUGGAGGACUCCCUCUUCCUCCGCGCCCUCAUCUCCGUUGUAAACGGAGACGCCGUCGUCCCCACGCUGCACCUCGAGCCGUCGUCCACGCCGCACUUUGCCGCUGCAGUUCCUGCGUGCGCCAGCUGCGGCGUGGACGGGUGCAUCGGCUGCAUGUUCGCUGCUGCGGCGGCGCCGGCCGGCUCGAGCAGCGAGGGCGAAGGAUGCUCCGCCGCGAGCUUUGUGAAGGGCGGCGGCGUGGGGAAGAUCACGCGGAGGAGGAGCCGGAGCAAGUUCAGGGGCGUGAGGCAGCGCUCGUGGGGGAAGUGGGCGGCGGAGAUCCGCGACCCGCACCGCGCCGUGCGCAAGUGGCUCGGCACCUUCGACACCGCCGUGGAUGCCGCCCGCGCCUACGAUCUCGCGGCGCUCGAGUUCCGUGGCCACCGCGCCAGACUCAACUUCCCGGACGCGGCCGCGACGCCGCCGUCGUCGGCUUCUGUUUCUGAUUCUUCUUGGGCGGCUGCGCAGUCGUAGAACUUGCCCGGCAGUCCUCGCGAGAACUGCGGGUCAAAAUGUGUCGUCGCGGCUACCGGGGUAGGUAGGACAGGUGGCGAGGGAGCAGAAGUUCAUGAUGCUGGAUGAUAGCAACUUUGUGAUCCAUGUUUGGAUGAUUAAUCCGAAUCAAUGAAUCGGUAAGCAUGGCGACCUGUAGCCGCCGCCAAAGCCAGAGCACGUGCUUUAAAAUUUGCCUCUCUCCUUUCAUGCCCCGAUGCCCGUGACGCACCUCCCUCUUCUUCAGUGUUUUUUUUUUCUGCGAUUUUACGUACUCA